AUGAAGUUCACUUACGCGUCCCUCCUCUGCGCGGUGGUUUCGGCUGCCCCCAUCGCUGACGUAAAGCGUGGGAUGAGUGGCGCGGCCGUCGAUGGCUUGAACAAGGCCCUCAAAACCACAAUUGACUCCGUCAAGAACGGUCUCGGUGGUGUCGGCGGUGUCGGUGGCCUCGGCGGCCUCGGCGGCCUUGGGGCAGCGAAGCGCGACGAGAAGCCAGAGGCACGCCAGGCGGAACAUGUCACCGUCCGUCUUGACCAGCCUGCCGCCGAUGUCAGCGUCGGCGACGUGAGCGGACAGGUCGACAAGCGCCAAGACGGCCCGUCCAAGCUUACGGCCCUUGCUCAGACGGUGUCGCAUGCCGUGUUUGGCCCCAAGGGCGUGGGCCUCGGAGGUGGCGUCGGACUGAAGCGCGAUGGAAAGCAAGAGCUCAGCAAGCGUCAGCUGAAUAUUCCCAAGAACGUUGUGAGCGAUGUGACUAGCGGCAAGCUGAUGGAGGACCUGCAUAACCUGCACAUCAUGGGCUAG